UUUGUUUAGUUUGAUAAAUACGUAUGUUUCACAUUUAUUCAAAGUCUUAUAUCUUUUGGUAAAUGUAAACAAACCUGUCAUACGGUUAAGGAGGCUUGAGCCAUCACGAAUCUGUUGCCUCUUGCGGUUUAUUAUUACCGUAGAGAAGAGAAGGUUUUGAUCGUCGAGUACAGGGCUACUAACCGUAGCUUGGCAAGUCAUCUUUACGCUAAUCAUUCUAUGGACCAACCUUUGAGCUAAACCGUGAAGGUUUCAUAAAGUUUACUCAUUUCUUUCCAUCUGGUUAUCCCAAGAUUUUUCUUUUCCAAUACUAUAUAUAGUUUAAUACAUGAAUCCAUGCGUAAUAACAUCAAAUAGGGUUCGGGAUUCAUUGUCUGAGGAUGAUAAAGUUCCAAACUUUUCUUGAGAAUUGUAAAAAGUAUUACAAGUUUAAUGCUAUUCUGGAUUUGAAAUUUAAUUACUAUAGCGGAGAAUCCGCGACGACCCGAAGCUGUCGGAGAGAGACACGGAGACACAAAGAUGACGAGACAGAGAGAACGAGCGGUGGAAAUGAUCCAAUGUUGUUCUUCAGUCAACCACUGAAUCUCAGUUUCCUAAUAUAGACAAUUCUCAAAAACCCUAAUUUAGGAAACACCGCAGGUUUCUUUAGGUCUUUCAGAAUGAAACCCUCCAAGAAGAAGACAGAGGCAAAGGUUCUUGGAAGAGUUUGUAAUCGAUGAAGUCUCAAAAGGUAAAGGUGAAGAAGAAGAAGAAGAAUGUGGAUUCAGGACUAGUCGCUGUAGCAGUGGAUAAAGAUAAAGGAAGCCAACAUGCUCUCAAAUGGGCUGCUGAUCGUCUCGUCUCCAAAGGCGAUACCAUCAUCCUCCUCCAUGUUAUCCAUCGAUCCUCAUCUGAUUCAGUUGAGGUUACUGCAGAGAAACAUAAGCAAGCGGAGAACCUUUUCGUCACGUUUCAUUGCUACUGCAGUCGAAAAGAGAUACAAUGCCUUGACGUCACGCUUGAGGAUGACAGCAUAGUCAAGUCCCUUGCGGAAUAUGUUUCCUCUGGUGUGAUUGAGAAUCUGGUUCUUGGUGCACCGUCCAGGCAUGGGUUCAUGAGAAAAUUCAAGAUGUCUGAUACGCCGAGCAAUGUAGCCAAAGCAGCACCUGAUUUCUGUACAGUUUAUGUCAUCUCCAAAGGGAAGAUAUCAUCUGUACGCCACGCCAGGCGAGAUGCUCCUUAUCAGUCUCCCCUUAUCGCUCAGAUUGAGAAUCAUUCCGCUCUCACUAACUACGAAAAGUUCAGGAACACCAUGAGCUUUAGAGAUAGGACUCCGGCGAGAUCUUCGGUUUCUAGCUCCAUUGAAGACUAUGGAAAGUCUCCUUUGGCAAGGACAUCAAACAACGCAAACUCAUUCUAUGAUUUGACAGACUCCGACAACGACAUAUCAUUUGUUUCAUCAGGCAGGCCAAGUAUCACUAGCUCAGGCCGGCGAAGUAUCACAAGCUCAGAAAGGCCGAGUACAAGCACUAACGGAAGGUCUGACAUAUCUUUUGUGAGCUCAGGAAGGCCGAGUACAAGCACUACAGGAAGCCCUUCCUUCAUUUACGAGUUCCCUGACUCUGGUUUAACUCCGAGAAUGUCUACGGGGUCUGGACAAAGCGUUGGCUCUAUGCGUCUAGGGAUCAAUAUCCAACAUGACUUCUCAUUCGUCUCACAAGAUAGUGGCCGGUCUUCUUGUUCUUGUUCACCGCAAAACUUGGAAGACGUGGAAGCUGAGAUGCGGAGACUGAAACUGGAACUGAAACACACUAUUGACUUGUAUGGAUCAGCUUGCAGAGAAGCACUAGCAGCAAAGCAAGAGGCAAAGGAGCUUCAGCGUCAGAAAAUGGAAGAGGAAGGAUGGGGGCAAGAAGGACAGUUAUCAGAGAAAUCAACAAAGCUGAUAGCUGAAAAAGAGAGAGCAAACAAAGCUGCCAUGGAUGCUUCUGAAACAGCAAACAAGAUAGCAGAUCUGGAAACACAGAGAAGAGCCAUAGAAUCUGGAGAUGCUUUCUCUGAUUCAAACUUAAGGUACCGGAGGUAUGUCAUUGGCGAGAUUGAAGAAGCUACAAACUCAUUCGAUAAGGCUAAUAAGAUAGGAGAAGGUGGAUACGGUCCUGUUUUCAAGGGUCACCUUGAUCAUACCCCUGUUGCUAUUAAGGUUUUGAGACCAGAUGCAGCUCAAGGAAGAUCUCAGUUUCAAAGAGAGGUGGAGGUUCUUAGCUGCAUAAGACAUCCGCAUAUGGUGCUACUCAUUGGAGCAUGUCCAGAGUAUGGUGUGCUUGUUUAUGAGUAUAUGGGUAAAGGGAGUUUAGCUGAUAGGCUCUACAGAAACGGAAACACGCCACCGCUCUCGUGGGAGCUCAGGUUCAGAAUUGCAGCUGAAGUUGCUACCGGUCUGCUCUUCCUUCACCAGACGAAACCUGAGCCUAUAGUGCACCGUGAUCUGAAGCCAGGGAACAUCUUGAUCGACCAGAACUACGUAAGCAAAAUAGGUGAUGUCGGAUUAGCCAGACUAGUCCCUGCGGUUGCGGAAAACGUCACGCAGUGCCACGUCACGUCGACCGCGGGGACGUUCUGUUACAUUGACCCGGAGUACCAACAAACCGGAAUGCUUGGUGUGAAGUCAGAUGUCUACUCUUUCGGUAUCUUGCUUUUAGAGCUGCUCACGGCGAAGAAACCUACGGGUUUGUCUUACACCGUUGAGCAAGCGAUAGAGAAAGGCACGUUCAAGGAUAUGUUGGAUCCAGCGGUGCUUAACUGGCCGGUUGAAGAAGCUUUGUCAUUGGCAAAGGUUGCGCUUAAGUGUGCACAACUGAGAAGGAAAGACAGACCAGACCUUGGGAAAGAGGUGUUGCCUGAGCUUAACAGGUUGAGAGCUCUUGCUGAUGCGAAUAUGGAGUGGAUUAUGUUCAAUUAUAGCAGAGGACCAUCACCAAGGCAUAGCUUAAUCUCCUUGCCAACAGUUGAUGAAAUGAGUGUAACCUCAGAUGGAUCGAAUACACAUUCAAGUACUCUAUCAGACAUGGAGAAGAACUUAGACGAAACUGAAGAGGAUUAGCUUUCUUGUCUGUUAGGAAAGAUGGAGUGAAGCCAUUUCUGGUGUCUUUAGUUUGCUUAAGCUAACCUUAUUAAUGAAUAAUAAUAUUGUGUAUACAUCCUUGUUUUUAUUUGUAAAGAAGAAAACAAUGAUUAAGUUGGUGCUAAUUCCUCCACUAGACGUAAAUUCUGUUUUUGAUAUGUAAUAAGAUGAGAUUUAGACCGCACAAUUACUAAUUGAUAAUUUGGUGAUUCUAAUUAA